AUGCAUGCACGUGCGCGCGAGAGUAACGAAAGACUAAAAAAAAAAGUGAACGGAGGGGAGUAUGGGGGAAGGGAACAAAAAGAGCAUGCGUCCCCAGCCCACGGCCUCGCCCCCCUCUCACUCGCCCACGCGGUCUCCCCGCCUUCGUGCCGUUGGUUUUCUCUUCCCUUUUCUGCCUUGCGCUGCCCCCGCGGCUGGGGCCCGCCACGCCGGAGGGGCGCUAGCGGGCCAGCACGACGGCACGCCUACUCCGUCCUCGCCCUCCGCGCCCCCGGCCCGCUGCUGCCGUCCCGCCCCUCCCCGCACUUCGCCGUGACGGCGGCGACCGGGUCGCGCCAGACGUCCUCCACCAACGCCAGCAGCAGAUCCCUGCGGUCCUCCAUCUCGGACUCCCAGUUCUCCACGGCGUCGGCGAGCUCGUCCUCCUCCUCCUCGUCAAACGCCUCGUCGUCCUCCGGGUGCGGCAGCAUUUUGCUGAACACGUCAAGAAACUCCACCCCGCGUCGUCGACGGCGACCGCUCGCGCUUCCG